AUGCCAGACCCGCCGACCUCUCCGCCGCCGCCUCCGGCCUCGUCCUCGCAUCCUCCCAUCUCGUCACACAACAACUCGACCGUGAACCGCAGGAGAUCGCUGUCGAGGUCUUCGCAGGGAUCAGCAUUCCGCGCAUCUCUCGGCGGCAAGCCAAUCCUCCCCCCAAAGUACGGCGCGACCACCUCGCGCAACACUGUCGACAGCGCCCUCUCAGAUUCAGAGCUCGGCAGCGCCAGCGGAAGCGAUGGAGGCUUUGCAGGGAGGAUUGGAAGCUUCAGCGUGACGCGGGAGGAGCUGCGCGACGGAUCUGCGCGACUCGCCUCUCUCUCGCUGGCAGACACGCCAGGCUUCCCUUCUCCGCCAUCACAGUCACCCGCCGCCGCAUCAACCGGAUCCUCCUCGUCCCCUUACUUCCCGCCCGUUUUCUCGCCCGACCUCGAAUCCGCCUCCGCCAUGUCCCCCUCCGGGCUCUCGCUCGCACGCCCUCAGCUCGUCACGAGUCCAGGAGAAGUACCGGCUGUCUCUCCUGCAGCGAGCGGACGGCUUUCGCCCAUCCCUGCUACACCCGACGACAGCCGCGACUCGACUCCGACGCAAUCUACCCUACCCCUUGCGCCUUCUCCUCCCUCACCCGUCGAUCCGCUUCCUCCAGCUAGCGCCGUCCCCGAGGUCAUUGUCGCAUCCGCAAGCAGCGGCUCAGACGAGCGGACGCCUACGCCAGGCGGGAUGUUCGCCGAGCCCGAGCAGCGCGAACGGGAUGCGAGUCGCGAGCGCGAGCGGGUUCCUCGAGCGUUGGGCGACGAGAGUGGCGGAGCAAAUAGUGAGGAAGAAGAGGAUGCGAUGGUCGAGGCAAGUGUGGGAGACUCGGCGAUUGUGGUGGAUGAGCGGGCGGCCGUGCGGGAGGAUGAGGACGACGUGCGUGGCAAUGCGCACGAGCGGACGCCCUUACUCGGCGCGAACGGUGGGCAGCCGAAUGGUGGUCGUGUGCCGUCGCCGAACCGCUGGCACGAGACGGUCGCGCGCAAAGCAAAGGACCGGCUGAGCGGAUGGGCGAAGCAGGCGGAGAAGCGCGGGAAGGAGAUCACGGCCGAGGACGUCAAGGAUGCGGGCAAGACGGCGGUGAAGAGCGUCCCUGCUGUGAUCCUUGGGACCUUGAUGAACGUCCUGGACGGCGUCUCGUACGGCCUCAUCACAUACCCUACUCAGAUCCCAGCUUUUGCUCGAUUUGGCGGCAUCGGCGUCUCGCAGUUCUUCGUCUCCUGCAUCGUCGCACAGCUCGUCUUUUCCAGCGGCGGAUCGAUCUUUGCAGGCGGAAACGGCUCGAUGAUGAUCGAGGUCGUCCCCUUCUUCCACGCCAUCGUCAGCACACUGCAGAAGCACAUUGUCGACGACGACGUCCUCGUCGCGACCACAAUGUUCUCGUUCGCUCUCUCGUCCGUCCUGACUGGCCUCGCAUUCUUCGCCCUCGGCGUCAUGAAGCUCGGCCGCCUGAGCGAGUUCUUCCCGCGCCACAUCCUCGUCGGUACAAUUGGUGGAGUCGGAGCGUUCCUCUUUGUGACGGGUCUGCAGGUCAGCGCGAGGCUGGAGGAUGCGGAUGCGUUCUCGCUCGAGCUGGCAAGACGCUUCUUCGAGUCGGACGUGCUGCCUCUAUGGACCAUCCCGCUCGCCCUCGCCAUCAUCCUCCGCCUCAUCACCGCCCGCUAUAACCACCCCCUCAUCUUUCCCAGCUACUUCCUUGCCAUCCCUCUCGUAUUCUACAUCAUUACGGCUGCUGCGCGCAUUCCUGUCGAGGAGCUGCGCGAGAAGGGUUGGGUGUUUGAGCUCGGAGGAGUGGAUAACAAGUGGUACGAGUUCUGGACGCUCUUCGACCUCCGCAAGACCGACUUUGGCGCGAUCCUCGAGACCAUCCCGAACCAGCUCGCGCUCGUCUUCUUCGGCCUUCUCCACGUCCCGCUCAAUGUGCCUCUCCUCGCCAUCUUCGUCGGCGAAGACAAUGUCGACACGGAUCGCGAGCUGGUCGCGCAUGGCGUGAGCAACUUUGCGAGCGGUGUUGUCGGAGCUGUGCCGAACUACCUCGUCUACGUCAACUCGGUCUUGUUCUACCGCAACGGCGGCACGACCCGCAUCUCGGGCUUCCUCCUCGCCGGCGCCUCUGUCGGAGUCCUCGUCGCCGGGCCAGGCAUCAUCGGCUUCCUGCCCGUCUCCGUCGUCGGCGCGCUCAUCUUUAUCCUCGGUAUCGACCUCGUCAAGGAGGCGCUGUGGGACACGUAUGGCCGGGUGUCGAGGUUCGAGUAUGCGACGAUCUGGAUCAUCGUCAUCGUCAUGACCAUCUGGGACUUUACGAUUGGUCUGGCGGUCGGCUUGAUCCUCGCCUGCGUCUCCUUCGUCAUCAUGUCCUCCCAGAGACGCACCAUCCGUUCCAUCCUCACCGGCAGCGUCGCCCGCUCAACCGUACGUCGACACCCAAAGCAAGCCGCGUUCCUGCACGAAGUCGGCCGCCAGAUCCGCGUCGUCAAGCUGCAAGGUUUCCUCUUCUUCGGCACGAUCUCGAACGUCGAGGAGGCGGUCAGAAAGCUGCUUGAUGCGGCGAGCUGGUCAACUUCGCCGAUCCGGUACCUCAUCAUCGACUUUAGCAUGGCCAGCGGCGUCGACUUCUCCGCCGCCGAAGCCUUCGUCCGCAUGCAACGCCUGCUCGACGAGCGAGGCGUGAUCCUCGUCCUCUGCGGCUGCCCGGUCGACUCACCCGUCGGUGUCGCGUUGCGAAGCGUAGACUUGUGGAGCGACAACGCGGAUGGGAAGGUCGUCGUGCUGCAGAACCUGAACGAUGCGCUCGAGCACUGCGAGAACGCCUUCCUGCGCAGCCUGUACUCAAAGACGUUCCGCCCGCCCAUUCCUUCGGCUCCGUCCGGCCAAGGAGCAGUUCCCAUCGCUUCGCAAAUCGAACUGCCCAAGUCGGACCUCGACAGCGACAUCGAAGGUUUCGCCUCGUCACCUCGCGCCAACCACCUCCGAAUAGCAGCUCGCGAGACGAUGUCUCGAGCGGAAGUACCGCAGACUAAGAUGAAUUUCCAGCAGCCGCUGCCGAUCCUCCUGCAGGCGUUCAAGCCGUACUCGCCCGACUUUAACGAGGACUACUGCUUCCGCCUCGUCCCGUACUUCAAGCGCGUCAACGUCGCCCGCGGCACGACAUUGUGGACGGACGGCUCGGAUCCCGACGCGUUCUACGUGAUCGAGUCGGGCAUGCUGCGCGCAACAUACGUCUUCGCCGACUGCUCGCGAAGCAUGUCCGAGUCGAUGGUUGCGGGCACCGUCGCAGGCGAGAUGUCGUUCCUCUCGCGCACGAAGCGGAACACGACGGCUGUCGCUGAGCGGGACAGCGUGCUGUGGCGGAUGGAUGUCAAGGCGCACGAGGAGAUGGGACGCAAGGAGGGGUGGGCGUUCGCGCGCAAGUUUGAGGAGACGGUCCUCAAGAUUGCGGUCGCCGAGGUCGACGUCCUCAUGGGACACCUCAUGGCCAGCCUGUAG